CAAUGAGAGGUCUCCGCAAACGGUUGCUAGGAGACAUGUUGCAUUCGUGUAGUUAAUGCGCAAAGGAGCAAAUUAAGCCUGAAAGCAUUUAAAAAAAGGAAGUUAAUUUGGAAUUCAUAUUAAUCCCCUAUUGUCAUGGUGAGGUUGAGGGCGAGAUGUCUGCUGGUCGGAGAUCCAGCAGUGGGCAAAAGCGCCCUCUCGCAGAUGUUCCACAGUGACGGCACUCUCUUCCAGAAGAACUACAGCAUGACAACAGGAGUGGAGCUGCUCAUCAAAAGCGUCAACAUCCCCGACAGCAGCGACAGCGUGGAGCUUUACAUGAUCGACUCUGCAGGGAAGGAGACCUCGGUGGAAGCCAAUGAGAAAAUGUGGGGGGAGCCAUCUUUGCUCUGCCUGGUGUUUGACCUGACCAGCGAACGCUCCUUUGGUAGCUGCGGUCGCUGGAUGGAGAGGGUCCGGACCCACCGCAGGGGUCUCAAUGUUCCUGGGGUUUUGGUGGGCAACAAGUGUGACCUGUCAGCCAGGAGGGAGGUGCAAACGGCCGUGGCCCAGGAGUGGGCCCAGAGCCGGGGGCUGGAGUACCACGAAACCUCAGCCAAGGAGAUGGAGAACUGCGAGGCCCCGCUCCUCGGCUUAGCCCGAGCAUUUCACACUCUUUACCGAGAACGGAGAGAGACAAUACAGAAUCUAAGUCCAGGGUAGACACACACACACACAAACACACUUGGAACAUUUUGAUAUGAACACCAAUAAAUUGUUCUUUCGUCAAAUGUUUUUCCCACCGUGUGUUAAUGCUGUCAUCAUGAUGAGCCGGUAGCUAGCGGAAUCUCAGCUCCACUUCUUCAGACUGGAAGCGAGGACCCGCUGUUUUGACAAUUGGGGUUUUUGGGGGGUUUCAAGCUCAAGCCAAGGUUAGGAUUUCAAGUUCAAAGUUUGUGUUUUAAAAGUAUGGUUUCAAAACAGGGUGAGGCUUUCGAGUCAGGGUUUCAAGUCUGAGCUGAGAUUUCUAGCAAGGGUUAGCGUUAAUAAGGACACAAAUUAGGGUUUCAAGUUAAGGUUAAAGUUCUGAAAGUAGGGUUUCAAAACAGGAGGAGUGUUUUUAGUGAGAGUUUCAAGUCUGCAUUAAGUUUUCAAGCCAGGGUUAGUGUUAUUACUAGGGAUGUUCGGCACCACUUUAUUUUCAGAACAAUACCAAUAUGAGUAUUCGCUCUUGAGUACUCACCGAUGCCGCUAUUACUUUUCCAGCCAUCCGUUUUCUGGACCGCUUAUCCUCACUUUUGAUCCCUCAAAUUUGAGUUAACACAGUUAAUUGGGAAAAAUACCUUGGUUUUUCUUUCAGACACAUGAUGGUUGGCCGACAUGUCAAACCAUCGCAGUUUAGCGCCUGCUACUGGCGAGGAGUACUUACCCAAUGUCAGAUUUGUUGUAUCUGCAGCCUUCAUGAGUACCCGAUACUCGAUACCAAUACCUGGUAUCGGUACUCGUCCAUCCCUAGUUAUUAAGGCUUUCGAAUUAGAAUUUGGAGUCAGGGUUACUGUUGCAAGACAGAUUUGGUGGUUCAAGUUAGGGUUUAAAGUAUUAUAGCAUUUAUAAAGAAAGCAUUUGUAAAAAGGGCUGGGGGUUGCAACAUGGGUGGGUGUUUCAGACCAGGAUUAGCAUUUCAAAUUAGGGUUUCCCAAGUAGGUUGUCAAGCCUACGUCCGUUUUUCUAGAUAGGAUUCGUUUUUCAAGUUAGGGUUGAAAUUAGGGUUUCAUGCCCGCAUUAGGUUAUGGAGCCCAGUUUAGCGUUUUCAAAUAGGGUUCAAGUCUUGAGUGUUUCAAAUGAAGGUUAGCGUUGUAAAUUAGGAUUUCAAGAAGGUGUUAUGGGACGAAGUUAGAUUUCAAAUCAGGGUUUGAAGACGGGUAUGGUUUCAAGCAUGAGUUAGGGAUCCCAAAAUGGUUUGUGUUUCCAAUUGGGCUUUCCAACGUGAUUUGGGGUUUAUGAUUAGUUUAUGAUUUAAAUUUCCCUCUAUACAAUUUCUCAAUACUGUACAUAAGGUUUCCAAUGUUGCUUCCUCGAUUGUCUUCAAUGUAGUCUGACUCUACGGUUUGAAUGUCAAACAUGAAUUUAUUGUCUCUUA